AUGGCAGCACCCAGGGGGAAAUUGAGUCGGUCCAAGGCUACAAUCAUGAUGGGAGUCUGUUUGAUACGGGAUUUUGGGAAUGAAUCUCUGGCUACGAAUCAUGCAGAGUCCGCUUCAUGCCAGCAUCCCGCGGACGUGUCCUCGAAAUAUCGAGGCUUGAUGCGCCAGAUGCCCACAAGAGUGCACAUUGAGGUCCUUCUUGAAACCUUCUUCGAUGGCGUGAAUUGGCAUUAUGAUGUUGUAGACGAAAUCACCUUUUGGGACCAGCUGGAUGUAUGGGCGCAUACCCUACCUGGCAUUGCAAAAGGGACCUGCUGCUUUGCAGCCAGACAUUCGUGUUUUUCCCGCGCUGUUAUUCCAAGUCCUCACUCAAACAUUGCUAUAUCACCCUCGGAUGACGAGAGGCUGGAGCUCUUGAAAUAUGGCGCCGGAAUGUCCUUACUUGAUGUUGCCAAAGAACUUAGUGAUACCGGUAGUGCAAUCUUGGAGCUCCUCGGUAAGCGAGGAGUGACCGUCGGCACGGUACAGGUGGGGUUACUGAGAGCCGCAUUCUUGAAGAGUAGUGGCCUAGUGGUGGAGGCCUGGCAUACACUGGGUAGUGCCAUUCGUGAUGCCAGGAGUUGGGGCUGCAUACCAGCGAAUGCCUGUCAGAAGCGCUGUCUGGUCCCCCAGGAAUGGAAUCUCACCGGGCUUGGAAUCGUGAGCGCCGAAGCGGAUUUGGCUGCUGCUUCAUAUCUGGGACUUUCAUAUGGCGGUGUUGUUGGGCAGGCCAAACUUGACUGCCAUAGGGGAGUGCUUUCCACCGAGAGGACCGAUAUUAAUCGCCCCACUCCGUUCUCGGUGAUCCUCGCAGGCUACGUGGCAGCCGAUCGACACCUUUCCACUGUUCUUAAGAUUCAAACUGGCUGCUCCCGUGACGACGAUCAUGCUCUUGUCGACGAAGUCGAUAAGGAAAUUACAAAAGGCAUACAAACCCUCCCGGCUUGGCCCACCCCAAUCAGCUGGACAUGCAAUUCGAUCACCUUCCAAGUCGUCUAG